AAUGUGCAGAGGUGGGAAAGUUACAUAAUCCCUGAUGUCCCUCGAGUGCAUAGUGUAGAUUUGUACCUUUUAUAUGACGUAAAUUCGAUCGAAAUGGAUGUUUUCGUUCAGUUAAAGGAAGUUGUACCUCAGUAUUUGGAUGGCGCUCGUUUCAUCAUCAACGAUCAGUGUAGUGGACGAGAAGCAUGGGAGAUCAUCCUAGCCACAGCGUCCAUUGUGGUCAUCCUAGGCUGGCUCAGAGGGGAGUUGUUUCUUCACGAGCUCAGUAUUUUUGAGAGGACGAAACUCUCCUUAUUCAGAACCAUCCGAAGCCUGCCCAUUAUUGGUCGAAAGAUACAGGAAGAGUUGGACAAGACCAAAGCCAGUAUUGCUAAGGAUAUGUUUCCCCUUCCGCCAGGUGUUGUCUAUAACACAACGCUACCAGACAGCGGUCUCAGUGAUGACAAGCUCUUAACUCUCAUCAAAGAAAAAUAUAAAAGCUUGGAAACAAUUGACUGGCAGGGAGGUAGACUCUCUGGGGCUGUGUACAACUGUGGAAAGCACCAUGACAAGCUUAUGGCUCAGGUCUAUGGUAUGUUUGUUGGGGAUAAUUUACUCCACCCAGAUGUGUUUCCAGGGACUCGGAAAAUGGAGGCAGAAGUUGUUGCUAUGUGCUGUGACUUCUUCAAUGGUGGUUCAAGUGCUUGUGGAACUAUGACGUCAGGAGGCACGGAGAGUAUCUUGAUGGCAUGCAAGGCGUACAGAGAACGAGCCUACAAUCUAGGAAUCAAGAAUCCAGAAAUCCUUGCCCCUCGUAGUGCCCACGCUGGUUUCCCAAAGGCCGCCAAGUAUUUCAAGAUGCGUUACAUUGAGGUGCCUAUGGACCCAGAAACAAAGCUAGUUAAUGUCAGGGCGAUGAGAAAGAAAAUAUCUAAGAACACCUGUAUGCUUGUAGUCUCAGCUCCAUCCUUCCCCUACGGUGUGGUUGAACAAGUAGAAGAAAUUGCUGAGCUUGGGACGCGAUAUAACAUACCCGUCCAUGUGGAUGCCUGUAUGGGUGGCUUCAUCAUCCCUUUUGCUAAACGAGCUGGACUUGAUCUUCCACGUGUUGAUUUCUCCGUGGACGGUGUGACGAGCAUCUCGGCUGAUGCCCACAAGUAUGGUCUGGCACCCAAAGGUUCAUCACUUGUUUUGUACAAGAAUACUGAAUAUCGACUGGGACAGUUCUACGUGAACACUGACUGGUGUGGUGGUAUCUACGCAUCACCAGCCGUUGGCGGUACAAGAUCGGGUGCAAUCAUCGCGACAUGUUGGGCCACUAUGAUGUCUGUUGGUGUAGACGGUUACAUGGAAAACGCUGUGAAGAUCAUUCAAACGAGGGCCUACAUAGAAGAGCAAGUAAGAGAAAUCCCAGGUCUAUUCGUCUAUGGCAAGCCAGACGUCAAUAUUCUCUCUAUUGGCUCUAAAUGUUUUGACAUCUACCGUUUGGGGUCGGCGUUAACCAAGGCUGGAUGGCAUAUGUUUACAGUACAAUACCCAUCAGGAGUUAAUUUUGUCGUCACCAAGAUGCAUACAGGACCAGGUAUUGCAGAUGCCUUCUUAUCAUCCUUGAAGGAUUGCACCUCGGAGAUUAUGAAAGAUCCCAAAGCAAAAGCAGAAGGCAUUGCAGCUGUGUAUGGGAUGGCGGAGAGCAUUCCAGAUCGCUCCAUGGUGGAGGAGUUCGUACAGGGUUAUCUUGAAGCAUAUUACAGCACCACGACUUAGAACAACGGUAGCAACGAUGUCAGAUGUAAGCUUUGUUAGGGUUCCUGGGCCACGAGUGUCACCUGUGACAGACAUGGUGCAUUAUAAAUGAAUUUCAGCAAAUAAUGGAAAUCAAAUCAGAUCAAUUAUUAUCAAUGUGCAAAUUUGUUUUUAUUUUUGUCAGAAAACAGAAUAAAAUUUGUAUAAAUGGCUGUAGUUUUGAUAAAAUAUGUUUAUUAUAUUUAGAGCUUUGUACAUAAUUUUAAAAAUCCAAUGAUGAAAUUAAUGAUGUCUCUCUGACAUACGAAUAAAUAGUUAUAGUAAGUUUCAUUAGAUUUAUUAAAAUUGUAAAGAGGAAAAUAUUGACUUUAGGGCUUUUAAACGAUGCAGUGGGCUCUUCUGAUGUACAUUCAUGUAUUUUGACCCAGAAUAUAAGCGAGCUGUAUUAAGUUUGUUGUGACACUUUCAAAAAAUUAGGCAAACAAUUGAAUAUUCACAAGCGUUAGUUCCAGAAUUGUUAUCCAUUUGGGGCGUUUUUAAGUUGUGAUUUUAGGCUCUAAAAUGAAGCAACUUGACAAAUGGCCCAAAUUGUGUAACCAAUGCUGGAUUCGCCCCGUUUUUCUAAUUUCUUGCCUAUUUUUCAAGUAUCAAUUUGUUCCAAAAUAAAUCUUUUAUCUUGGGGAACAUUACAUAACUAGUAUUGAAAAUGGCCACAAUUUAUAAUUUUGUCUUGCAACAUUUUUCAGUAGUUUUCUUUCCAUUUUAUUAAACACACAAUGUUAGCUGUCAGUUAAACCAUGUGGUUACAUUUCAGACAAAAUAUUUUUAUUUUUUUUA